AGUGAGGCAUCUACAUGUAAUGAUGAUGGAAACAGUUGGAUCAAGUUCGACGGAGGUCUUUGUGGAUCUCUCAAGUCAACUGUGAAUCAAAAAUACUGGUCCGAGAAAUCUGCCUAUGAUGCCUCACAAAAUGUUGACUGGCCCUUCAUUGAUUUUCUGUGUAGUUCUUGUCAUUGGUUAUCUGCAGAUCACUGGGAUUGUGUCCAUCCCUAUAGAACACUCAGGUCUGAGGGGGGAAACAUCGGGGAUCAACGGGUACAGUCAAGACUAUGCCGCCCUGCCCUCUAGUCAGCACCAAACACAGGUUAACGACCAAACUGAGGCAGAGCAAAGACAGUCUCAACAGUUUGACCCCCUCAUAGAACCUCAGUUGGAAUCACAAGAGGAACCACAUCAUCAACAAGAAGUACCAGGACAUGAACCUCAUAGCGAGCCACAAGGGGAACCUCAAGGGGAACCUCAAGGGGAACCAAAUGAGGUUAUUCAGGAUGAAUCGAAUAUUUGGACAAGACACAUAUCAAACCCAGACAGAAACAUCUCUUCUCUAGAAAAUGUCUAUGGAAGUGACAUGGCAGAAAGUGUGAGUGUAGAGGAGGGUGGUAACAUUCCAAGUGAAAAUACUGAGGAACACUCUGACAGGACAGAUAUGCACCAUCCACUUCUUACUGAGGAAUUGGGUCGUCACAUGGAACCAGAGCCAGGUGAACAUAUCAGUUUCCUACCCGACAGUGCUGGUCCUUUUCCUUUCGAGGGAGGACAUGCAGAAGAGACCUUUCCCGAGAACGAGAUACACUCAGAACAUAUUCCUGUGACCCCUUACUCGGAUAUGGUACAUGAUGUAUCCAAUGGACUAUCCUUCCAACGUCUUCCCACAGUCAGACUUCCUGGGGAGCAUUCUCAAGGACAGCUUACAAAUAUCACAACUAAUGAAAAUCGCACAGACGAAUUCGGCAAUAAUAAAGAUUUAUCAGCCAAAGGUGACCAGCAGAAUCAAACAGCCAAUGCUGAUGUUACGACAGAUAAUCCCGUAAUAUACUCUAGUAACAGUGGUGUUGAUGAGGAACAAUACAAAAUGAAAGUAAACAAUAGUGACUCUCCACAUGCAAUUAUGCCCACACCAUCCCAUGCGGAGGACAUUUCUACACAGCACACCAGUCACAGCUAUCAGUUAACGCUGGACUUAGUUACGUCUACUGAACCUUUAGAACUAAGAACUUCAAUAAUGAGAGAUAUUGAUCUCAUAGUGACACAGUUAUCUUCCUCUGUAACAGACCUUAAUGGUCAGUCAUUCUAUGAGGUAAUCACACCAAGUUUUCUAGCUAGUAUUUACAAUAGUGAAGGUAGCACAGGUAAAGGAUAUGAAAUGUUCACUGUAGUGGUAUCAGGUUCUAUGGAUCAGUCAGAUCACCAGCAGUUUAGUUCCUCUCAGCAGAUAUCCCCGUCUGCCUCUCAAGGGGACCUCAUCACUUCCAACAUUACAGAUCAAAGCUACAUCAGUCACUCAAUACAUCAAAUGAAUUCUGUAACAUCUUCUCCAACAGUAGGGAGCCUUCCUAUGGCUUCCCAAGGGCUCGUCAUAAAUGAUGGUCAGCAAAACACUGAACUAGGAUCUCAACAGGACACAUCAACCUCUCCAGGCUAUGUCCUGAAUUCUUCACUGACGACCCUAAAUCCUUACACGAGUGAUAAAAUUACUACAAACUCAUCAACUGCACCUGGUGAAGGAAAUUAUUCGAUCCCUCAAAUACGACCCCUUACAUCGGUCAUGCCUCUGACAAAACUUUCUAGUCAAGGCACAUCGGCUACUCCUUCAGCAAAUAAGACUCCCACAUCUCCAGUAUCCGGGACAACAGCACAUAAAACAACUCCAUAUUUUUCGGAAAUUAUCAUUCCAUUUUUGACAACAAAAAAAGCCAAUCAUACUUCAGCUAAAGAACAGGAAAAAACGUCACAUGCCACAACAGUAACAAAUCCCAGUGUAGUUUUCACAAGGAGCACAGUACUACCUUCCACAAGUACCUCUAGUAAGGUCAAAAACCCAAGUACCUCUCACAAACACAUUCAGGUACAUACAUCUCUGCCCUCUGUUUUAAUCAGUAUCAAGCUUCAAAUGACCUUGACCGAGUUUUGUUCGCAAAAAGAAAGGUUCAUCACGGAACUGAUGGAAAUAGUGGAGAAUCACCAGCAAAUAGAUAUACAACAACAACAGGUGGUGCUUCUAAACAUCCGCCCAAAAAUGUGCGAUAAAUUAGCCGUGCCUUUUACAGAUAACAAUGAGUUUGAAGAAGUUAAGAUUGAGUUGUAUUUCCUUGACACGGACGGGAAGGUAGAUGAAGAAAUGACAAAAGUCGUCAGUGACAUUAUCAAGAAGGGAUUUGAUGACCUUUUGGAAUCCCAAUUUAAACAGAAGGCUUUGUCGGUAGAAAUGCCAAAACUAUCAUCCGUACCAGUUGGGGCUGAAAUUAAAAACAGAUUUGCUAAUGUUAUCCCAUUUCCACAUAAUCGAAUAAAAUUGAAGAAGAUACCAGGAGAAGAUAACUCUGAUUACAUCAACGCCAACUAUGUUUCGGGCUACAACAAUGUCUACAAGACAUACAUAGCCACACAGGCUCCACUACACAGGACAAUGAGUGACUUCUGGCGGAUGGUUUGGGAACAACAAUCACGGGUCAUACUGAUGCUUGUUCCCAUGCAAGAAAAUGGACAGCCCAGCUGUGAGACAUACUGUCCAGACACAGAGGGUAUGGACUCUUGUCGACAGUUUGGGGACAUCACUGUUGAACUGAAGAAAAAAGAUGUACAACAGGAGUAUACGAUGUCAAUACUUCAGCUGAAGGAUAUAGAGAACAACUUGAUACGUGAGAUUUAUCACUUCUGGUAUACAUCCUGGCCCAGACACAGCACACCAGAGCCUAUAUCCUUGGUGAAAUUUAUUCUCGACACACGUCCACACUUUGAAGACAGCGGUGCACCAGCAAUCGUACACUGCAGUUCUGGAACUGGGAGAACCGGCACAGUCAUAGCAAUAGAUAUUUGUAUGAGGUCAUUUGAGGACAGACGCAAAUUAGAUGUCUUUAGCUGUGUACAUAAUAUGAGACGGGAAAGAGCGGGUGCUGUACAGACAAAAGAACAGUACAGUCUAAUAUACAGUGCCUUACACGAGUAUGCCAUCAUCUUAAAUGGACCAAAAGCUUCCAUAACCUCAACAACCUAACACAACCUGUUGUGACUCUCAGUGUGAUAUCUAUGUGAUUUAAUCUGAAGUAUUCUCGGAGUACCCUGGAGCAGGAGGAGCAGGGACCAGUUGCGGAAAUAUUGCAUUUUUUUUUAAAACUUACUUCUUCAUUAGGAAUGAUUAGAUAUCUCCCAAAUUUGGUCAGAAGUAUUCUUGGGUGAUGGGGAACAAAGUUUGUGUAAGGAUUGGUUCUCAGUCCCCUGGGGCCAGAGGGGCAGGAGCCAAAAGGGCUAAUUUUGCAAGUUCUUUAAAAUCCUACACCUACUAAAAAAAUAAAUGUAUAUUGCCCAAAUUUGAUGUGAAACAUUCUUGGGAGAAGGAGAAUCAGUUGUAUCUCCUUGUGAUGGAAGAUGGUGUCCAUUAGGACAAAUAGAGCAAAUUCUAUUCCUACUGCAGGAAUGAUUGGAUUUUGCCCAAAAUUGUCAGAAGUAUUCUUAGAUGAAGGGGAAUCAGUUCUAUAUAAAUGGUGCAUCUUGGCCCCCUAGGGGGAGGGAUGGGCCCAAUUGUGGAAAUAUAAGUUCUUAAAAACCAUUCUUCCAUACAAGGAUAUUGUCCAAGUCUGGUCUGAAGUUAUUUUUAUAAAUAGUGAAUUAUACUUCUGUUUGACCACAAAGCCAGGACCCCAAUAGGGAAAUUACAUCAGAGAUUGUCAUAUUUGAAAUUCUUUAUUAAAUGGUUGAAUAGCUAAAUUAACCUGAUGAGUGAUGCAGGCCUCUUAGGCCUCUUGUUCAGUAACAUGAUUUGCACUUGAUAAACAUCAAAAAAUGCUCCAAUUUAGUCAAAAUCAGAGAGAACUCACUUUAUCAAACAUGUCUGAUAUUAAUAUUUAUGUGAUUUCCAUAAUUUUUUCUCUGGGCUAGGUUGUAAUGCUAUAGAUAUCUAUAAAAAAAACUCAUGAGCCAACAUCUUAAAUAUUAUAUACUGUAUAUCCCAAAAUUUAAUCUGGAUGUCAAAUGAGAAACAUAAAGUGUCAAGUUAGAUACUGUGACAAAGAUUGAGAUAUGUGUUGUAGUACAAGGUGUCCCUAUGGAAAGGGAAUGGAAGUCAAUGGUAGACUUGAUCACCUUAACAUUGUAUUAUACAUAGGUGGUGUGAAAUGUGGGUCUAAUACACCUGAGGAUAUCAUUCUCCAUACUCCAGGAAUUACAAUAACUUUCGCUCUCUUUACUGCUGGAACAUGUCAAGGCAAAAUUGAAGGUUCCAUGUGCGACACCUUGUGGACAAAACGGGACAUCUAGUUCGAUCCUUUGAUGUACAAAAAACGAAUCUCGAGGUCACAUAACGGUAUACUGUAUAGGCUUUGAAGUUGGGUGUCUUCUUCGUAAUCUUCAAAAUGACGGUAUCAGCCUGUGAUUGGUCAGGUUCUUUUUCUCCUGGGAGCAAUCAAAUUACUUCACUUUUUGCCUUGAUAUGUCUUAGGAUGUAGAGAGUGAAAGUGAUCAUAACUACUGGAGUAUCGAGGAUGGUUCCAGGGGUACAGAGAGCGAAAGUGAUUUUAACCACUGGAGUAUCGAGGAUGGUUCCAGGGGUACAGAGAGCGAAAGUGAUCAUAACUACUGGAGUAUCGAGGAUGGUUCCAGGGGUACAGAGAGUGAAAGUGAUUGUAACCCCUGGAGUAUCGAGGAUGGUUCCAGGGGUACAGAGAGCAAAAGUGAUUGUAACUCCUGGAAUAUCGAGGAUGGUUCCAGGGGUACAGAGAGUGAAAGUGAUCAUAACUCCUGGAGUGUCGAGGAUGGUUCCAGGGGUACAGAGGGUGAAAGUGAUUGUAACCCCUGUAGUAUCGAGAAAGGUUCCAGGGGUGAAGAGAUUGAAAGUGAUUGUAACCACUGUAGUAUCGAGAAAGGUUCCAGGGGUGAAGAGAUUGAAAGUGAUUGUAACCACUGUAGUAUCGAGAAAGAUUCCAGGGGUGAAGAGAUUGAAAGUGAUUGUAACCCCUGUACUAUCGAGAAAGAUUCCAGGGGUGAAGAGAGUGAAAGUGAUUGUAACCUCUGUAGUAUCGAGAAAGGUUCCAGGGGUGAAGAGAGUGAAAGUGAUUGUAACUCCUGUAGUAUCGAGAAAGGUUCCAGGGGUGAAGAGAGUGAAAGUGAUUGUAACCCCUGGAGUAUCGAGGAUGGUUCCAGGGGUGUAGAGAAUGAAAGUGAUUGUAACCUCUGGAGUAUCGAGGAUGGUUCCAGGGGUGAAGAGAGUGAAAGUGAUUGUAACCCCUGGAGUAUCGAGGAUGGUUCCAGGGGUGUAGAGAAUGAAAGUGAUUGUAACCCCUGGAGUAUCGAGGAUGGUUCCAGGGGUGUAGAGAAUGAAAGUGAUUGUAACCCCUGUAGUAUCGAGAAAGGUUCCAGGGGUGAAGAGAUUGAAAGUGAUUGUAACCACUGUAGUAUCGAGAAAGGUUCCAGGGGUGAAGAGAGUGAAAGUGAUUGUAACCCCUGUAGUAUCGAGAAAGAUUCCAGGGGUGAAGAGAGUGAAAGUGAUUGUAACCUCUGUAGUAUCGAGAAAGGUUCCAGGGGUGAAGAGAGUGAAAGUGAUUGUAACUCCUGUAGUAUCGAGAAAGGUUCCAGGGGUGAAGAGAGUGAAAGUGAUUGUAACCCCUGGAGUAUCGAGGAUGGUUCCAGGGGUGUAGAGAAUGAAAGUGAUUGUAACCCCUGGAGUAUCGAGGAUGGUUCCAGGGGUGAAGAGAGUGAAAGUGAUUGUAACCCCUGGAGUAUCGAGGAUGGUUCCAGGGGUGAAGAGAGUGAAAGUGAUUGUAACCCCUGGAGUAUCGAGGAUGGUUCCAGGGGUGAAGAGAGUGAAAGUGAUUGUAACCCCUGUAGUAUCGAGAAAGGUUCCAGGGGUGAAGAGAGUGAAAGUGAUUGUAACCCCUGUAGUAUCGAGAAAGGUUCUAGGGGUGAAGAGAGUGAAAGUGAUUGUAACCCCUGGAGUAUCGAGGAUGGUUCCAGGGGUGUAGAGAAUGAAAGUGAUUGUAACCCCUGGAGUAUCGAGGAUGGUUCCAGAGGUGAAGAGAGUGAAAGUGAUUGCACCUCCUGGAGUAAUGGUACUGGUAGAAAUUUCUGAUAUUGUAAAGGUAAUUGUAGAUAUUUCUGAUAUUGUAAAGGUAAUGGUAGAGAUUUCUGAUAUUGUAAAGGUACUGGUAAAGAUUUCUGAUAUUGUAAAGGUACUGGUAGAGAUUUCUGAUAUUGUAAAGGUACUGGUGGAGAAUUCUGAUAUUGUAAAGGUACUGGUAGAGAUUUCUGAUAUUGUAAUGUUUUAUUGUGAGCUGCCCAACAUAUCCCCUUUUUAAUUUCCAACUUAUCCGUACUUUACAAAAAGAAUGCUUUUAGAGCAUGUGCACUUACAUGCGUUGGACACAUUAUAAAAUGUAUUUCUGAUAAUGUCACAUUCCGUGUUAUAUAAGCCCUCUGGCCACACUACAUGACAUAAAGAGGAAUACAUUGUUGGUCUGAAGCGUAAUUGGUCAAUUUGCUGCACUGUAUAGUUAAUUCCCAUGUGUAUGUUAUAUGUUUCUAUAAAUUGUAUUGUACGAUAAAAAUUCCUCUUUAA